CAUUUUCGGGUUUGAAAAAAAAGAAGAAAAAAACAACAAACGAACCAGAAACCGGACUGAGAAGCGAUUCGUGUGUUUUUCGUUCCAUAUAUAGUACAACGCACCAACAACAUUAUCGUUCCCAACGCAUAGUGUACGCAAACCGCACCGUUUGCCCACCUCGAACGAGCGUGAGCCCAUCGCUAAGACAGUGCACAGUCCGAAACGGUGCAACGGCAACAAUGUCCACAAACAGUGGCGGCAGCGCUGGUGGACAGUACCCAGCGAACGUAGCAGUAUCCAACUACCACGAUAUUUACGUUCAACAGCCGGGCCAGGAGGAAGUAGAUAGCAGAAAUACGACCACCGCAACACCUCCACCGUUACCACAGCCGAUAGUGAUAGUGACCGCACAGCUGGGCACACAGGCCAGAAGCGAAAGCAGCCUUCUCUACUACCCAACCGCACCGCCCGUACCGUACAGCGAGCUUGGCGAACCGAGCACCUCACGCCGGGGCGAACCGCCCAGCUACGAUGAGGCGGUCGAUGUGGAAGCGCCCCCACCGUCCUACGAUUCCCUGUUCGGGCGGGUCCGGGAGGCGCGCAAAACUUCCCGAGGAAUACUGGAUUUUUUAGUCAACAUUGUUAUACUGGUGCUCGGAACGCUCGGCUGCACCAUUGCCCUGGGCAUAACGAUCGUCAUACCGGUGUGUAUGAUCGUGUUCGGUUCCAUCUACCUGUACGAUUGCCCGCAGGGUGAAUACAUACCGGUGUAUCUGCUGGUAGGCGGCGGGUUCGGUGUGCUGAAACAGUUGCUCCAUCUCUCGACCCGGGUCCGCAGCCGGGAGGAGCAGGAGCUGGAACGGUUGCGACAAACGCCAACGCAGACACUCAUCAACUGCUUCAUGCUCGGGUGGUUCAUAAUCGGGUCGUUCUGGAUCUACCAAAUCUACGAACCGAACUACGAUCCGUCGCUGGGCAAGUACUGCAACAAGUCCCUGUACCUGUUCACCUUCUGGCUCAUCACGUCCGUCUACAUGAUGCUGUUCGUCGUGACGAUCGUGCUGUGCAGUGUCAGCAUCAUCAGCCUUUGCUUUCACCGGCAAACCUAACCGGUACUGCCAAACGUUACGACGGAUACGGGCCCUGCACAGCCUCCUCACCUGACCAAUGCGCACCACUAGAAGGACCACCAGCUGUCGGGUUCGGGCUUUUCGCGAACACACGCACUGGCACUCUUUUCCUAGUUGUGUGGAGCCUUUUUUUCCAUUCGUUUCACACAUCUAUGUGUUUGAUCAGACGAUCGCAGCACGAUCGAGAUCAUCUGUUGACUAAUAUUUCGAUUGUUGCCCCAAUGUAUUUUUUUUUUCACCUUCUUUUGCGAUCGUACAAUCGCUGUGAUCUGCACCUAAUAGCACAAAACUGUCGUAACAAGCAUAACUCGAAGAAAAACAAAUGCGUUGAGCGUGUUUGGGAGUCUGUGGGGGUUUUUUUAAAUUAUUCUUUAAUGUGGUAAAUCCAUAUUGGUUGGAAAAUUAGUCACUAUUCACGUGACUAUUUCCUUCGAUCGAUUACGCACCCCAGUUUUUUUUAAAAACAAUUUGUGAAAAGGUCCUCUUCGACUGUUACGCUUAAGCCACAUUUUUCAAUUGUCCGUUUGAAAAGGAACUUCUCUUCCAGCAAAUGAAGAACUGACCAAGCAGUAAAUUGCUUCUCUCUAUCGAUUUCCCUCCUAGAACAUAUUAUACUUCCAUUUUUUAGUGCUUUCUUUUCAAUUGUUUAAAAGCAUAUAUAUAUGUAUAAGUUAAAGCGAGCGAGUGUGCCACAUGUGUGCUUCUCAAACUCCCUGUUUUUGUGCUCCUCAUUUGCUUUCUUAAAACAGAAAUUGAAGCGGAGCGCACCGCAGCCGUCUGUGAGCGGAAGCCAGUAUCGCUAACGGCGUAGAAACAAUGCGUCCUAUUUCGUUCGGUCUAUUUACAACCAAACUUAAAGCCUCGAAUUUUUCAAAGCAUGUACCUAUGCGCCUAUGCUUCCUUUAUGCUUUUGAAAUAGAGGGGGGAGGGCUUUGGUGAACAUAAAAAACGCCAAAUCUAUAGUGUACAGAAACAGUGAAGCACACACACACACACACAAAAAGCUGCGUUCGGUGUCGCACAUGAUUUAAAUGUUUAGAUAUAACUAUAUAUAUAAAUAAAUAUAUGAUAACCCAUAAGCCAGUUAAAAAUACACAUACACACAAAGAACAGUUUAGUUAAGCGAGGAAGCUUGCUGUUUUCCGUUUGCCAACAAUGCACGCGUUUGGUGGCACAUGUGGCACAGCAGCAGCAUUGUGUGUACAUGUGUGUAUCUAUAUAUUUUUUUUAAAAAAUCACCCCACAAAGCAACACCGCAAUGAUAAGUGGUGUAUUAAAUUAACGUUUAAUGAAGUGUGUAAUACCACAAAGAUUAUACAUACACAUACAUAUAUAUAUACGCAAUCGGUUUAUACAAAACAACACACAGAGAAUUAAGGGGCAGCUUCAUAAAACAGACCAAAAGUAAGAAACUAGCAAACAACGCCAUAAACCUGUGCGUAUGGCGUAUAAAUAAUGUGGAGUAACAUUUACAAGAGACCCCUUGAUGAGUAAAAAUGAGUAGGGGAAAAACCACGUCCUCUCUUACACAAGCACAUUUGGGCCAAAAGCUCCCAUUUGUACUGGGAAAGUCCUCAAACCUAACGAGCAGAGAGAGAGAGAGAGAGAGAAUGGGCUUACAGUAUAUGACGCGCAAUAUGACGGGCCAGUACUGCUUAGUUUAUACAUCGCUUAUCCGUUUUCCAACUUCUCCCAGUACUGCAGUUUCAAGUCCGCGGCCAAAAGAGAGAAAGAAAGAAAGAAAAAAAGAUCAGAACAUCCUAAGGCAUAUACGAUGUUGUACUACUGAUACGAUACACGAUUCCAUUUCAUCUCACUGAACAGAAUCAAUAAACACAAAACUAUUGGAGACAACCCUGGCAAGCAGUGUGUGUCUGAUGAGGAGUA